AUGCGCCGCAUGUCGGUCGGUCAGGACCGCGAACCAGAAAUCAGCUGCGCAACUCCCUGGAAUACCUCGUACUAUCUGUCCCCCAACCCGGCAGUUGGGACAAGCAGUCCGUCUCGUCCGCUACCGCUACUGGCUGGGCUAAGAGGGUGGCAAGACGAAGGCACACAACCAGUGGGGGCUGCAACUCCAGAGCUGUUCUGCUGUAUAUACCGCCACCUUCGCGGAAUAUUCUCCACCUCCGUCCCCAAACUCCACAAGGCCGUUGCAACCAUGGAGGCUGCAACGCCUUGUGGCUGUAGAAACCCGGUUACACCGGCGACGGCGGCAGAAAAAACGCCGCAUUUGACAGGGGACCAGCGCCGGCGGAGGCAUUGUCCGCGAACGGAGUUCAAAGACGAAGAGCGAGGUCGGGGGGGGCGACACCGGCGAGCACCGGCAGGGCGAGUUGACGGGGCGCAGGCGGCUACAGAGGUGGGCGUUUGCAGGGCCCGCCGAUGGGCGCGCAUCCGCAAAAGAGGCUAUGGCACCGGCGGCCCCAGCCCAGGCAACGCCAGGAGCAACGGGAGACAAGGACGAGUAAGCAUAAGCGUUGGAGAUAGGGACAGUGGGGACGUCACCGGGCCCCGGGCACCGCUCCUGAUUUCGAAUCCUAGGGAACGCCGAAGAGCUUGUUGUGCUGGUGGCAAGAGCCCUUCUUGUGCGGCUGAAACGUUACUUUCCAAGGGAGCCAGGGCCGUGGUGGUGGGCCUGCUAGCUGUUACGUCUGCGCAAGAGGAAACUACCUAUCCCGCUGCCGCGGUAGGGGUGAUGGUGCCCCUGACCCCCGCGGGGUUGCAGUACACGGCGAACGUGACGGUUGCCUCCGGCAACUAUUCGUCGACGGCCACCUUGAUCGUGGACACUACCGUAAGCAUGGUGGCGUUUCCGGUGUGCUCAAACGUGACGGGAGUUGAGGACGGGGGCUCCGCGGAUGAGGAGGGUGGGGGCGGCGACGGGAAAGUUUGCAUCCCCUUCGAAGACACCCUGGAUGAGGCAGGGGAGAAGCCCUGCAGAGCCGGAACGCUGGACGGAGGGACCGUUUCCCUUCACCCUGAAGACCCUCCUGGCAGCCAAUUCCUCCCCUACCUUCAAGAUCAGGCAAGUGAGGUAUCCCUCUCGACGAACGUGAGCGCAUCAGGAAGCGUUUUCGCCACUUUCAAUACGACCGUCGCCGAUAACAGUGGCACGCUCGACGGCUGGGAUGGCGCCGCCGGGGUGUUGGGCCUAGCUCGGUUCCCCCACACGACCUGCACGAGCGAUGGGACUGAAGUCAACGGCUCUCUACGGUCAGUAUUCUCGCAGAUGGACGGUGCAGACUCCGUCUUCGCGCUGGACCUUGGAGACGAGAGCUACAACAGCACCCUCGAGAUCGGCGGAUACAGCGGCUCGUCGAGCGACACCGUCGGUGACGUCCAGUGGGGGCAAAGGCUCACGGCGGCUUUCCCCAGCUCUUGGGGCUUCCCGGCCUUCGACCUGGCCGUCUGCGGUCGGAGCUUGAUGAGUAACAUCACGGCCUUCUGGCCCGCGGUGGUGUCGACGGGGUCGGCUUGCUUAGGCCUUCCGCACGAGUUUUUCGAUAGCCUGAUGUCGUGGCUGCCAGUGGAAGGACAUUGUCCCGAUCCGGAGAACGGCGGCAUGUGCUCUAUUUCCGCCGAGAAUGCCGCCAUGGAGCUUCCGUCUCUGUCAUUCAGGUUGAGCCAACACGGGCAGGAACUGUACGUCCCCCUGUCAGUGCUGCUGCUCGAAGAUGGAGACCAACCUUCCAACAGCAGCAGCGUCAACGAUGGCAAUGAUAGACGACUCUGCGUCACUCGAGAGGCCGCCAUUCGCCAGUCCGGGUGGAUUUUCGAGCUGCCCUCGAUGCAGCCAGUGGUGUCCCUCGGCACCCUCCCGCUGAGGUCGCUUUACGCCGUCGUGGACACCGAGAUCGGUCGCGUCGGCCUUGCACAAAAGGGAGAUGUCGGAGAUUCUGCCCUGGGAAACGCCGGCAACAACACGAGCUGCAACGCCGCCGCGGUGUGCGUGGGAAUGCAAAGGUUCCGGGAGUCCUACAACGCGUGCGAAGACCCCUCCUGCUCAUCCUAUUACCUCACGGCACUUGUUGCUGCGGGUGCUAACCUGGACGAUGAAACCAUGACGUGCAAAUCGACCGGAAUCAUGACGAUCCUGGUAUGGGUGUUUGGGAUAUUUUUCGGCAUAACCGAGAUGGCCGGUCACUUUCUUCGCGCAUAUUACGGCGGGACCGGUGUCGGCCUUCGAGGACACGAGCACCACCAGGGGUGGGAAUUCCACACGGGUCGACUCAUUGAGGCGUGUCUUGGGAAGGCGACGCGAUCGGCGGGACUGUCACAGCUUCAUCACGAGCGAACCGACUGAGGACUAACCGGAUGCUGCCUUGGCCCGGCCAGCUCACCAAUAGUGUCCUCAAAAUAGCUCUCAAAAACACAACAGAGCUCCCCCCCGUAUGUCCCAGAACCUAGCACAGUAGUUGUCCCGACAUAUCGCUGUCCCGAACAGCGCGGUUCCCGAUAUAUGUCGUGGAAACGAAUCCUUGGCGUAACAACCUUGCCUGAUACCUAAAAUGUUUGUUCAGUUUCCUUGUUCCAGUUGUGCGGGUCCCGAUAGAAACGCGCGGUGAUUCUUGUUUUUCGCCACUGUACACCGCGAUGUAUCGGGACCCUUGCUGUAUCGAAUUAUACAGUUGGUAGCAUAUAGAUGUUCGCGCCUACGUCCAUUCCGCGAAAAGACCCGCUUCGCGAUGAAAGUAGUAUUCAUGGGUUCCUUGUCAGCCUUAACGUUGUCAGGGUCCCUGUGGCUGAAGCUCUAUAUAUUUAGCGGGUGGGGGUAAGGUUUUUAUAGUGAAGUUCGCCUGGCUCGAACGAGUUUGACUAGAGUUUGGUUUUACGAGGCUUUGUUUUGUGCCUGUUGGACUUCGAAGUUCAUUCCCCGCCUCUGGUGGCGUGUGUCUCUCUUUCUGUGGGUGUGCGGCUUGGGCCAGGAAAGAAGCUGCUACAAAUGCAAGUGCGAAGAGUAACAUACACGGGUCCGAAACGACAGACUUUCUAUUGUUGGCUCCUGUGCAGUGACUGCGAGGAGCCCGUGCGGUGCUGCCAAACGCAACCGAGUGCGCAGCCAUUGUGGUAGUAGCUAUACCGAGCGGUUGAGGUUGAAGAAGGCAGGGUUCCUAUUUUUGAGACGGAACCGUCCUUGGAAUGCUCGCGAAAGUCUCUUGAUGGAUAUCAAGUGCUGUCAUGCCCCGCGGCACCUGUGAAGCACUGGCUGCACGAGAGGCAACAGUAUUGAGCGGCUGCAUCCUAGCGUUUUAGACCAAGAACCCGCAACUUGAUUCCCCGAGCAAAAAAGACGAUUGGAGUGUGCGGUGCAUAGUGGAUGCUGCAGAAUGCCUUCGACAUGGAACUUCUCAAUUCGCCAUGGAACU